AUGUCGUCUCACACCCCCUCUCCACACCGCUUCCUCCCUCCUGAUGUCCACUCGAUCCAAAAGCCGAAGCCGAAGCCGCCGAGCGCGCUGAGACAUGGGAUCACGGCUAAAGCUCCGAAGACAGGUGGAACCAUCCCUUUGAAGCCUGUGUUGAGCCAGACACCGAAAGUAACUCCUGCGAAAAGAUUCGUUAUUGUACCUGCCCAACAUGCAUCGACGGCUGCGACAGUAGAGCGGGGUGGAGAGAAAGAGAAGGUUGAUAAGGCAUGGACGCAUACGCAGACAACGCCGUUAGUUAGAGCUAGGAGAAGGUUGGAGAGGGUGGAGAAGAUUGAGGAAGGGUCACAGGAGAGUCCUUCUCGGUAUCCCAACAAUGAAGACUACGAAGACGAAGAUGAAGACGAAGAACUCUUGUUCACACCCCUGAAUAAAAAGCGCCGUCGACUCUCCCCCGAAUUCACACCAUCGUUGUGCCCCUCGAAAUCACACAUUAUUCACCAACCGCCACAAACUCCAGCCCCGGCUUCAGCUGUAGGGACAUCAUCCCACCGCUUCCUCGUUCCAACUCUUCGCCCUCCUACAAUCUCCAACUCUAUAGCUACCACACCAGCGCCAACCCGCCCACACUUCCUCCUUCCCCCCCAACCCACGUCUCCACAGCUCAUACACCCGCUUCCAGAAACAUUUUCCCCGCAACGCAAAGGCCAGAAAUACGUACCGGGUGGCUUAGCAAAUACGCUGCAGUCCUGGAUCAUCGAAGCCACGAAUAAUGGGCACGCAGCACAGACAAGAGACACCGUGAUUUGGGGAAAGGAGAAGGACGACGGCAUAAAAUUACGCCUGAAGGUCUCGGGCAUACGGUCCAGUAACCCUCACACUGGACAUGAUGGAAGAAGCGUUGAGUGCUUUCCAGGCACUGUGGUGUUUGUCAGAGGGGAUACAGAAGCGGGACUGUCUAAUUCGUUUAGGGUUAUUGGGAGUCAGAGGCAGAGAGGCGAUGGGGGCAGCUUGGGAGGGGUUAGAGUUAUGCUUGCAGGACAGGGUAGCGCGAGGUCUGGGGUGGUAAGAGUUGGAAAAGGGAAUGUAGUGGGUAUUAGGGCGCCUGUUUGGAAUACUGACGUUAGUGGAGAAAAGUGGGUUGUUGGUGUUGAUUGGGUUGUGCUUUCGUGAUAAGAUGGAUCUAAGUUGAUUUGUUGUUACGAAUUUAUUAGGGCACGAGGAUAUGCCGGCAGGAAUCUAUGUGGAUGCUACGAAUGUUAUAAUGAUUACAGUGUACACUUUCCAAGUCUCUUUCUCACGAGCUAAU